GCGACCUGCCCGCUGCCGGCGCCGCAGCCCUGCCUGUGUCCCUCUGUCCCUCACCAUGUACGCCUGUGCAAAGUUCAUCUCCACUCCUGCUCUAGUGAGGAGGAGCUCACGGGUGCUGUGCCAGCCCCUCUCUGCCUCCGUGCUGAGCAGCCCUGAGGCCCGGACAGAGCAGGCGAGGGCGGGUGGCCGCCGUGCCCUGCGGACGAGCGCGGCUCACCGCGACAUCGACACCGCCGCCAAGUUCAUCGGCGCCGGCGCCGCCACCGUGGGCGUGGCAGGGUCCGGCGCUGGCAUCGGCACCGUCUUCGGCAGCCUCAUCAUCGGCUACGCCAGGAACCCCUCGCUGAAGCAGCAGCUCUUCUCCUAUGCCAUCCUGGGCUUUGCCCUCUCCGAGGCCAUGGGGCUCUUCUGCCUCAUGGUGGCCUUCCUCAUCCUCUUUGCCAUGUGAAGGAGCCGGUGGCAGUGAUGGUGACAGAGCCAGCGCCCCACCGCGCCAGGUGCCCCU